AUGUCGGAUCCCAAGGAGAGACUUUCUCCAAUCAAAAAGGUGAAGGCUGCGCUCGUCCGAUCGCCCCGAUCGCCCACGUCCGACAAGAUCGGUUUUGCGGACGAGGGCAUCCCCGCCGACGUAUGCGAUUCUCAGAUGGAAGACAUAUACUUUGACGAUCCGAAGUCGCGAGAGAGUCUGAGCAGCAACCCAGGGGACACGGCGAAGCACCUGGCGGAGCGGAAACGGUGUACGACGGACAACUGGAAGGCGGAGAUUGAACGGCGCAUCGUCGCGGAGUCCAAGAUGGUAGACCACGCGUACGGUGCUAAAAACCCGUUUCGGAAUCAAGCGUAUGGACAUGGUGACGGCCAAAAAUAA